AUGUCUUCCUCCUACUUCACCUUCCAAUGGCCCCGUCCACAGGACAACAACUUCAUCUGCUGGCACCGCGGCUUCGACAACCCCAACCGAAACAUCAUGGUCGCCCUCCUCGUCCCCUGGAUCCAAUGGCCCAACAACCCCCUCGACGACGCAAACUCCCACUGGACAGUCAUCCAGGACAAGGCGCACCAGGCUGUAACCCAGUGGCGCCGAGCUCUCCGGGAAAAGGUCUCGGGUGAAGGACAUCAGAAGCACAUGAAGCUCACGAGUAUCAUCCUCAUGAAUUCGCAGCUGAGACUGACUGUUGAUAGCUUGGGAGAGGGCGAGGAGCACAUGAUGCUGUUCUAUGGGUUUGCGGCGGAUGAGUUGAUGGACAUGGAGGAUGUCAGGGAUGUCAGGAUGGGUAAGAGUGUUAUCAAGUGGAUUGGCGAUGGACAGGAUGCGUAUCCUGUUUUGAGAAACUUUAGGUCGAGGGUAUGA